AAAUCCGAUCGAAAAUCGAAAACCAAGAACCAAGCACAGAUCUGUUGCGGAGCUGGAAAAGAGAAAUGAAAAUGAUCAGAAGACUGAAGAACGCAAGGAAUUGAAUUGCCUAAGCUGAAAAAAUGGCGAGAUAUGAUCGAGCAAUUACGGUCUUCUCGUCGGACGGCCAUCUGUUCCAAGUGGAGUACGCUCUCGAAGCCUUACGCAAAGGAAAUGCCGCCGUUGGAGUCCGCGGCACCGACAUCCUCGUCCUUGGCGUCGAGAAGAAGUCCACUCCCAAGCUCCAAGAUUCCAGGUCGGUUAGAAAGAUUGUGUCAUUGGAUAAUCAUAUUGCCCUGACCUGUGCUGGGUUGAAAGCAGACGUGCGUAUCUUGAUUAACAGGGCAAGUAUUGAGCGCGUAUCUUGAUUAAGUGCCAGGACACAUAUUGAGUGCCAGAGUCAUAGGCUCACAGUUGAGGAUCUGUAACUGUUGAAUACAUAUCACAUUAUAUAGCUGGUCUGCAGCCGAAGUAUACACAGAGUGGUGGUGUGAGACCGUUUGGUCUUUCAAUGUUGAUUGUUGGUUUUGAUCCAUAUACUGGUGUUCCAUCCCUUUAUCAGACAGAUCCAUCUGGAACAUUCUCUGCAUGGAAAGCCAAUGCAACUGGAAGAAACUCUAAUUCGAUGCGAGAGUUUCUGGAGAAAACUACAAGGAAACAUCUGGGCAAGAAACAGUGAAAUUAGCAAUUCGUGCUUUGCUCAAAGUUGUUGAAAGUGGUGGAAAGAACGUAGAGGUUGCUGUGAUGACUAAAGAGCAUGGUCUGAGGCAGCUUGAGGAAGCUGAAAUUGAUGCCACUGUUGCUGAGAUUGAAGCAGAGAAAGCAGCAGCUGAGACUGCGAAGAAGGCCCCUCCCAAAGAUACCUAAUUUUAUUAUAUCUUGUGUAUUAACCUACCCCUCAUUCCCUGUACCAAUUAUGCUGGACUUGUUUCUGUAUGUAUUUUGCACGUUUAUGCCUUUCUGAUAGGACUUGUACUUGUUAUUAUCACAUAAAUAUCAACUAGAUUUGGCAUGUAUGCAUUGUCAAUUUAGGUAUGUUUUGUUUUGAGGCUAAACAUUUCUUGUACAACCAGUUUUGGCCUGGUUUUGGGAGGCUAGGAAGGAUGAUUUAUGUUCACAUACUUGGCAUUUGCCCUAUCAAUAAGGAUGUUGUCAUGGGAGAAAUCCUUUUUCAAUUACUGUUGUCAUGGAAGAAAUCCUUUUCCAAUUACUGAACUACAAUCAGGGUUGGUAGUGUUUUACAUUACAAUAAUAUAUAUACAUAUGUAAUGUUUGUCAUUUUUCAACAAUUUGUAAUCUUCUUGCUUUUUAGCAAUUAGCCAUGCUUGCGUUGAUCUUGUAGCUCUUGUGAUGGUUACUGGCGAAUGAUCCUCCAGACUCAAUUGAAGUUUUAUAUUGUCACAUAAUUUUCUGUCAAAAACGAUAGGAUUAAGAUUAAUAAUUAAAUUUUAAUUUU